GCCUGGAUUGCCUUCAUUAUGGGCACGCUGAAGGUCGUGGCCACGUUCACCUCGCUGAACUAUGUCGGGGCCCGCUGGUUGGUGCGGUUUCUGUUCCGGACCGUCGGGCAGCGGCCGAUUAUGACGUUGCGGAGGAUGACGGACGAGCUGGUGAGCAAGCGGCUGGCGAUGGAAAAGGGGCGGGAUGACCAGUUUGAGGGUUUUCUGAGGUAUCGGGAGGAAUGGACAUUGAAGAAGCUCGCACUUGAGGUUCGAAGGGCAUUCAGCCGCGCAGAUGACAUCACCCUCAAUGCGGUCGCUCAACUGCCGUACUUGAAUGAGGUCAUCGACGAAUCCCUUCGCAUGUACCCUCCCGCGGCGGCGGAUUUGGUCCGAAUCGUCCCUCCCGAACAAAAGCUGAUCGCUGGUCACUACGUGGCUGGCGGGUCGUUCGUUGAAGUCCAGCCGUGGUCCAUCAAUCACAGCUCUGACAACUGGAUCGAUCCUUGGCAGUUCAACCCCGACCGCUUUCUCCAUGGAGCUGAUGCAGCCAGAAAAGAAGGGAAUAUCUUGGAGGUUUCGCAACCAUUCAGCGUAGGGCAACGAACUGCCUCGGACGGAGGUGACCUUGCAUUUGCCGAGAUGCGCCUAAUUCUAGCCCGCAUCAUCUUCAACUUCGACAUGGAGCUAGGUGAAGGCGCGCAGAACUGGAUCGGCCGCCAGAGGACGUUGCCGUUGUGGAGCAGGAUACCGCUGAAUGUGCACUUCACACCGGUGAAACACGGGGUUCCAGAACUGUACGACGGUAAUGUGACUGGACCCAGUCAGAGCCCCUAUAUCGGGUGA